GCAGAAGCUCUGCCCCGCAGCCCCGGGACCAUGCGGCCUCUCCUGCUCCUGCUGGCCCUGUGCCUGCCCCCCAGCGCCGAGGCGGGGGAGAUCAUCGGGGGACGGGAGGCCAGGCCCCACUCCCGCCCGUACAUGGCCUACCUGGAGUUCGAGGUCCGGCGCGAUCGGAAGAGGUGCGGCGGCUUCCUGAUCCGAGAGGACUUCGUGCUGACGGCGGCUCACUGCUCCGGGGGAUCGAUGAACGUCACCCUCGGUGCCCACAACCUCAAGGAGCAGGAGAAAACCCGGCAGGUCUUCGCUGUGAGAACGGCCAUCCCCCAUCCGGACUACAACGCCAAGGACCACUCCAAUGACAUCAUGUUAUUACAGCUGCAGACAAAAGCCAAGAAGACGGCCGCCGUGAAGCCCCUCCGGCUGCCCAAGGGCAAGUCCCGGGCGAAGCCAGGACAGAGGUGCUAUGUGGCUGGCUGGGGGUGGACGGCCCCACGCGGAAACCCCUCAAAGACGCUGCAGGAGGUGGAGAUGACAGUGCAGGAAGACCGGGAGUGCGAGUCCUCCCUGCGUGGCUACUACAACAAUGCCAGUGAGAUCUGCGUGGGAGACCCAACGUCGAGAAGCUCUUCCUUUAGGGGAGACUCGGGAGGCCCCCUCGUGUGUAAUAACGUGGCCCAGGGCAUUAUCUCCUAUGGACGAGCUAACGGGACGCCUCCACGAGCCUGCACCAAGGUCUCAAAGUUCCUGCACUGGAUAAAGGAAAACAUGAAACGCUAUGAACCACAAGAGGCAGACUAACACACACACA